AUGUUACCUUUUCAGGAGUUUCAAUUCGACAUUUUCGACUGGUACCCCAAAUACCAGUCAUGCCUUCGGUACUUUAUCGCCCACGGGCAGCAUAGCGUCCCGGUACAGGCCCUCGCCACCCUGAUAAACAUUAAACUCCCCUUUCAGAAACCGCCAGGCAACGGCCUAGACCUGGCAGCCGAACACACGGGCAGCAGCGGUCAAGACGGGGUGCCGGAUGCCGCCAUCGUUGGUUCCGUUUCGCUCGUCCCCUAUGUCCGCCGACUCGUCGCCACGGGCUUCGACACACCGACAGUGCUCCACGGCUUCUUCGGCGACGACUGGACCACGGGGCUCGGCCCGAUCCACGAGGAGGAGCGGCGUAACUACCUCUUUGCGGCGAAGAGUGACACAUGGCUCACGGUCAAGACCGCAUACGACAUGGAGGAUGGGCAGACAAUCCCCUUCUUGCGCCCGCUGCAAGGGGUUACCAACAAGGAGAUUGUCAAUGCCGAAAGCAACUGGAGCGAGUGGCUCGCCAUGCAGGACUGGAUGCUGGGACCCCGAGCCCCCCCUAGCGUGAGCGACAACCAAGGAGGACCUGGGGCCGCAGCAGACUGA